CAUUAACCCCAUGGGCGGUGCCAGGAGCACCCGGACAGCCCCACUGCAGUGUAUCUCCGUGCUGGAGGGACGCUCCAAGCCCGUUCUCUGCGUGGACGGCACUGAUGAGCUGCUCUUGUCCGGAUCCAAAGACCAGAGCUGCAAAAUGUGGAACCUGGUGAUGGGCCAGGAAAUCGCCUCGCUGAAGGGCCACCUCAACAAUGUGGUGUCCAUCAAGUACUGCAGCCACUCAGGGCUGGUGUUCACCAUCUCCACUUCCUACAUCAAGGUGGGGACAUCCGGGACUCGGCCAAGUGCGUCCACACCCUCACCGACCUGACCGUGAAGCUCUGGAGCAGGAGAAAAUUCCUGAACGGCCCGACCUAGGCGCUGGAAAGGCCGGAGCCAGGACGACUCUCAGGCUCCUUGGCGGGCCCAGGCCACAGACCCUCUCCCUGGCCGUGAAGACCUCGGAGUGGCCUGGCCUGUGUGUGCUCCAGUUCCCAGGACUCUGGGGUGAUGGCAUCUCAGCUGGGGCUUUGUGCACUGCCAGCUCCCACAGCUAGGGGCGGUUGUUCCCGUCCAGCCCCACACUGGGUUUCCAUGGUGCAUAGGGCUUUCUGCUGCCCGGGGCGUGGCCAGGCAGUGCUUCGGGACAUGGCCUUGCCAGCCACGGGGAGGACCCCAAGCUGAGAGACCCAACGGGAUCAUUCCAGUCUGUCCCGCAGCCCGUUCAGCACCCCCCACACCCCGGAGCCUGGAUGUGCGUGAGGGAUCCUGCCACCUGCAUCCUGCUGCUGGCCUCCGCACCGCCCUGGUGCCUGGGGUCUCGUUCCCUCUGGAAGCGGCUGCAGGCCCCUCUCCACAAUUUGUCGUUCAGCAGAGCUGGGUUGUGCCAGCCGGUACCGAAAUACGGAGGGGGCUUGUGUACUGUCCAAAAAUCACCCCAGCGCCGCGCUCAGGGCCAACCCCAGCCUGGCGCCAGCAGGGUGCAUGGAGCACCGCUGGGGAAUGACCCGAUCCCAGAGACGGCUUCCCAGGCCCGGCACUGCACUGGGGCUCCUUGCAAGGGGCUCCGGCAGCAGUUCCAUCGCUGGGUCUCCUGACCAAAUCCACAUGCUGCCUGGCAGUUGUCAACCUCUUCAUCUGACCCACCUUGUUCUGCCCCGGGGGUGGAGAGAAGGAAGCUGGCACAUCGGGAAAAAUCCCUGUGGGCGUUUCCAAGGAAAAGCGGAAUUUCUGGCUCUGUUCACUCUGGGCACCCCCUGACCUGACUGAGCCUUAAUCAUACGCUGGUCCGUUCGCUCUUCCCUGUGGGCCCCUCACUGCCCAUUUGGACACCCGGCUUGGUGCCAUCUCUGCUGUGCGUGGGACUAGCUCGUUCCCAGCAGCUGAGGGAAGGGAUCGAAACUUUCAGAGUGGGGUUUUAAAGAAUAUUUUAAGCAGCCUUGAGAAUGGAUUGGGAGUUGGGGGUUUUUAAUAGCUGGGAAAGGCUUUAAUGCCGGGAAAAGGGCUAAGCUCUCGGCACCAUCUCACAGGAGGGGUUUAGGUUUGCUUGGGGCAGUUCCCUGUCUGCCGGCCUGUGGGGCCUGGCUUGGGAGAGGUCCGGGAUUGGAGUAGUGCAUGGAAGGACGGGCAAAGGGUGGUUAUAUGGUCAGGAGAGAGGUGCAUCGGCAAAGGCAGAGGGCGUGGGGCGCUCUGGACGGGAUCUGCAGCAGGGAGCGGGGCAGGGCUAGAAUGGAGCUGGACGAAGGGGAGGAUGGGGGUAGUGUGAAGGGCCCAUGAGACUUGAGGUGCAUUAGCAGAGCUGGGGGGGGCAAUGAGGGGUUGCCCAUGGCCUGCCCAUGCUCUGCUUGCCACCCGCCUGCACUGCCAGUCUGGCACAAGACACUAAAUCACCAAGGUCACCCUAGAUUUGGGGUUUAUAAUGGUCAAAAUUCCGUAAGGUCUCUCGCCACCAUCUCCCGCCAUGCUUGAGUGCCCCUCUUCCUCUGGGGCAUCCGCAGCCAAGUGCCUGCAGCUGCCAGAGCCACAUGGGCAUCCCACAGCACUGCACUCCCCAAAGCACAUGGACUCACUUUCACUGGGCUCUUUUGCUACUUUCACUCCCUCCUCCCCUAAUGACUGGCUAAGGCAUCCCAGUCCCAUGCAGCCAACGCCCAGUGCAGUCGGACCCUUCGUCAGCCAGCUUCUCGCUGCUGCUUAACACCCUGGGGGUGCAGAACUUGCCACGAAACGGACCUGAGGGAACUGCAGCAGGCUGGCCGUUUUCCCCGGGUGCGUUUCUUGUGUCACUCCGCACGUCACAUAAGAAACGGCAGUUGAAGUCUGAUUUUACAGACUGAGACCAGUCAAUGUGCUGGGGGUGGUGAAGUGUUGGCUCUUCAGCUAACUCCAUCAGCAACAGAUUGUGUGUUCUCUGGGAUCCAAGACUUUCAGUAUCCUUGGUUAACAGGUGAUUUCCCCUGGUGUCCUUCUACAUGGCAGCUCGAAGGACAACAGCAAGGGGUUCUUACCCCAGAUUUGACCUAAUUCAAAUAUAUA